GUUCAAAACUGGAAAAAACCUGAUGCACUACAGUAUAGCAAAACCAUGUUGGAGGCAGGUUAGAAGUCAACAGUUGUAUGAAAGUCAGUCAUUUUUCUUUGAGAAUGUUUGCUUCCCUCCUCGUGGUCACGCUGGGGUUGUGUUACUGCAGACAGGACAGCAAUCAGACAUUUCUGGGGAUUCCACAGCUAAUUGGCCCUUCAGAGGCUGUUCUGGGACGAAUUGCAGUAUUCAAAUGUGUAGUGCCAAACCACCCGAAGAAUGAAUCUGUCCUGCUGCAGUUAUUCAACAAGGAUAAAGACAAGUGGUUGGGUGAGUAUACUUCCCUGUCUGGAGAAGCUGGAACCUUCACCCUGUUCAUUAGACUGUACCAUGAGGGCAGACUGGAGUGUUUGGCCAGAGCACAGAGCAACCCUCACAUCGGGCCCACUGUCAGCAGAACACACUACCUGAGGGUGGUUGAGGGAGUGAAGGAGGCACAUAUUGUUCCUUCAGGUCCAGUAGAGUUCUUUCAAGGCCAGAGUCUGGAGCUGCUCUGUGAAAUUACUGCUGGAAACAACGUGUCCUACAAAUGGCUGCAGAAUGGUCAGCUCAUCUCUCCAUCUCCUAGUCUACAUCUCUCAGAUAACCGUCUCUUCAUCUCCAGAACCACUUCAGAAAACACCGGCUAUUACACAUGCAUGGCUUCCAACUACUUCAACCAUAGAGUCUUUUCAAACUCCACAAGUCCUGAUAUUGAAAUCACAGUCAAAGAUGUGGUGUCAGCCCCCGAUAUCUCCUUCACUGUGCUGAAGGAGGACUCCUACAACUACUCUGCUGUGGUCACAUGUGAGUCGGCGAGUGGGACCCUGCCUGUCACCUUUUCACUCUACAACAGGACAGAGCUGGUUGCCAAUGUGACGAGUGAUAACAGGAGGGCCAUAUUUAAGUUACCACUUGUCUUGGAUCAAUACUCAGGAGAGAUCCAGUGCAACGCGGACAACGGAGCCCAGGCUGCUCACAGUCAGUGGCUGCCCUUGGAAGUUGUCUCAGUUGGUGGGCCUGUGACCAUGUACUACGACUCCGACAUUGGAGAAAACUUUGCUGUGAUUGGCUUGAGGUUGUACUGCAAGGCGGCAAAGGGAUCUCAUCCACGCUACCAGUGGUUCCUCAACAAAACCCUUCUCCGUGACAGAGGAAGUUUCUACUAUGUGGUCGACCAGCUGCCAGAACAGUCAAUACUCCUGCUGUCUGUGGGGAGGAGCAGCGCUGGGACGUAUCGCUGCCAAGUGUCUGACAGCUUUGACAACGCCACUGCAAUGAGCAGCAGGAAGCGAUACUUGGAUAAAGAAGUGCUGAACCGGCUCCCUGUCUUGGUGGUGGCAGUAGUCUUUGGUUGUUUCACAACUUUGAUCCUCCUGGUGUCCGUCUGUUGUUGUGUUGGAGUCGUGUACAAUAGGGGUCUGGAGAUGGAGAGAAUGGCAGUUGCCUACGAAGACGAGCUGGAUCUGUGUGAGUACGGUGAGGAUGCAGGUGUGGUGAGAUCAGCCAGAGGGGGGGAAUUUGAUCAGACAUCUGAGGCCUCUGCAGAUGAAUGGCCCCAAAUUGCAGAACAGAAGAAGACGCUGGAGGAUGAAACGUUUGAGGCCCUUUGAGGACUCGUCAUUUGCUCCAUAUAAUCACACUGCUGUGGUUAAAUAAACCCCUGCUCGUGAUGCUUCA